AUGAGAUGGGAACCUUCUGUAGCACCUGACCUGUGGAGAGUUGUAGGGCCAGUUUACAGAAAUAGCACAAGAAAGGUUGAAAUUCUCUUCCAGAAAAAUAGGCACGUAGAACACCAUGAAAAGAUUCUGGGAUACAAGGUAUUUCGUCAAAGUCAUGGAAUCAGGACUAAUAUAAAAGAUUGUAACAUCAAUGGGAAAUGUCAUUUUGUAGUAGACUUGGGGUCAAAUGACAUAUAUGUUACGUCUUACAACACAAAAGGAGAAUCGCCACCAGCACAUGUUGCAAUGGAACAAGAAGGAUUAGCAAAACCCAGAAAUGUGCAGAUCACAUCAGUAAGAGCACAUGGAAUCUCUGUCAAGUGGGAGGCACCAAUAUCUGAAAAAACACUAGUUUAUUUUUUAAUAGAAUGGAUUGAUCAUGAAGAAAAACAGAACAAUGUAUUGUGGAAAAAAAUUCCUAGUACAAACAUAUCUGCAUUCAUAUCAGAAAACAUCAAGGAAGGAGUGAGGUACAAUAUUUCAUUGUAUGCUGUUUAUAGUGAUGGUGUGAGCAAUCCAGUGUCUUCCCAGAUUUAUUCAGUGGAAAUGGUACCCAGACUUGGACCUGAAGUUUCAGUUAAAGAAACUGUGAAGGACAAAGCAUCAGUUGAAUGGAUCCCUAUUCCAGCGUCUGAACAGAGAGGGUUCAUCACUUGCUACUCCAUCUAUCUGACAAAAAUGUCUGAUGGCGCCCCUACUGAACCUUUGAAAUAUGUUGUCGAAUCUUUCAAGACACAUUAUAUGUUAUCUGGAUUAACUAGUGACAAGAUGUACAGUGUUCACAUGACGGCAUCCACAUCUGCAGGAGAAGGACCAAGUGGAAAAAAGAAACACUUCAGAACUGGUAAAAUUUAA